CGUUCCCCUAUCAACCCCUUUCAGUGGUACCGCUUCCUUCGCAGAAGGCGUACCUCCGCAUUCCGUCCGCGGUCGUCUGUAUUUUUCUACUUUGCCAGGGGCAACGCAAUAUCUCGACAAACCGGGACCCGAACUUCCGAUCCCCGUGAAAUUCUCGAGUUGCCCGAUCCGCUUAAAACGAGUUCUAUCAAACUUUUACGGACGAGGAAACAUCCGCCUGUCCGGGAUUUCUGUCUAUUCGUAUUUGUAUCGCGUGUUCUAUUUAAGUCGUGUGGUGUGGCAAUUCAUUUUCAAUUCUUUUCACCACAGUGUUUGCCUUUACUCUUGUCAAGCACGGUGUUACGUUUGAAAAUAUUGUACAGUGCGUGGGAGAAGUGUCACGAUGUUCGGAACAUAACGAUUGGAACCAAUUUUAAUUGAGAUGCGAUUAAGAUGUUCCGUUCGGAUACCCCUCACAGUCGUCCUGCUUUAACGUGGUUAUGGUGGAACGAGAGAAAAGGAAGAAGAAUGCAGCAACACGGUAGAGGAGGCUAGAUGAGCCCCAAUUUCCAAAAGAGUAUAUGUACAAAUCCAGAGGAAGAAGAAGAAGAACCACGAAAUUAUUCUACUACAUUUGGAAUAAGAAACGGAAGUGGAAAAGUUCGCGGUCCGCAGUUGGCCCGCCACAUUGGCGGCAUGGUCCUUUGGGCCACCAUACUAUUCCUACAGGGAGCUGGUUUCGUAGGCUCGGUGACGGGCAUACCCGGUGUACCGGAGAACAUAACGGUGAUGUUCCUGAACCCGACUUCUGUACGCGUUUCCUGGAGCACCAGCCAGGUCGAGCAAGUCGAGAAAUACGAUGUCACGUACAAGCCGACCGAUGCCAGGAAAUACAACGACAGUUACAGGGUGGUGGCGGUGGUCGCUGGGAACAGCGAAGCGGUCACUCUGAGCGGUUUACGGGCCGACACGCAAUAUCAGCUCGUGGUCACUGCCGUCAGGGCUGGGAAAAAGUUUCGAAGUCGACCCAUUGUCUUCCGUACUCUCGAGCCACCACGAACAUCCCCUCAACAGGAUGCAGCGGUAACCGGCGGCCCUCUUCCACCACCUCCGCCCUCUUCUCAACAGCCACAGCCCUAUAUACAAGUCCGUGGCGUGGAGGUGGGCAUAGUGGUACUGGUGUUGAUCUUCUGGGCAGGUGCCAUAGCUCUCUUCUUCAACCGCUGGGGAAAAAUUCGAAUGCUGCUGCCGUAUCAGCCAGACUACAAGGAACAAUUAAAGGUUCCUGGCACCGGUGUCUGCGCCACGGCCAACGUCGCGUACCCGCAACAUCCUAAUCAGCACACAUGCUCUCAGCAUCUGCACUGGUCGAGCCAUCACGUCGACUCGAUGGACAGCGGGGGUGGUCUGGGAUGGGCGAGGACCUCGAGGCCGAGGGUGAACAGCGCCAUAGACGUGGCCGGGUUCCUCUCCCAGGAAUUCUUGCGGAGGCACGGCUCGACAUCGAAAUUGUGUCGAAAGGUUCGCAGUGCAGACAAUUUGCCGUUGGUGUCGACGAAUCGACAGCAACAGGAUCAGAGAAGCUCAAAGGACGAGGGGAUCGAUGGGGACAAGGAGUUCUUUCUGAAACCCACUCAAGAAGAGAAAUGCGAGGAUUCAGAUUCGAAGAGACAGAGCAGUGUAGAAAGUGGCCCGAAGGAAGGUUUAGACGGUUCGUUGCUCGAGCCGAAUCAACAGACACAGUCUUCUAGAGAAUCCCCGGUGAUACCCUCGUCGUCCUCGUUCGUUGGACGCCGUUUCGGUGGAUGGCGAGCUACCACCACUGGGAGUCAUGAAUACGUUCGAUGCCCUAUACGGCAACCAGCUUCCAUGGACGAGCGGUGUUACCGUCGGCCCUGUGAUACGGAAACCCGGCAGUCGCGUUAUCACCAUCACCACAGACGCAGCGGCGGUGGGAUCGUCGAUCGGCACUCGAAGAGCUGCGAUUACGCGAAACGGACCUCCGAGUCUAGUAUCGAGGUGCAGCAUUUCGGUCUGCCUAUUCUUAGCGUCAGCGAGCCGAGCCCGCCCGAUGAAAACGACCGCGUCGACGAUUAUUUGUAGGACUUGCUUGCCGAGGACUUCCUCAAGGAGCUCCUCGUGUAACAACCAAGUAGAGAUACUUAACGAACUCGCUUCGCGAGUCGAUGUGUCAGUUUGAUGAGAAAUAAGACGGGAUGAAACGCGAAACAUCUCAGCAAUUCGUUAUUCUUCAUUCUUGUUAAAUCCUGCUUUCGUUAAAUAAUAUUUUUUAAAUGAACAUUUCUGAUAGCCUCGUUCACUCGAACAAUAUUUUUAUCUAGAAAUUCAAAAGAAUCUGUAAUUUAACUUUAAUUUUUGCAUCGUGUACCAUUCAAUUACGCGAAACGUUCCGUAAAAUAACAGAAAUAUUUUUUAACCAUUCUUCUCGUUCGUUUGUUUUAUCAAUUGCUUACUUAGGCAGACGCUCGGAGCAUGUGCUACUGGAGGGAGCGUUACAGGUGUGUAGACAGGGUAGAAAUGUUUAUUUAGCUAUGUGUGCAGUACCACUCUCUUUCUCUCUCUCACGCACACACAGUAUGGUAUUGGUUACGACAUCCUUUUCUUACUUAUUAGUAAGCCAUUUAAAAGAAUCAAUUUGAAGGAGAGAGGCCAACGUAUAAACUAUGUAUCUCUCUUUUUACUGCUUUGUCUCUAUACUUGGAAGCUACAUACGUGGAAGCUGCCUCGAGUAGUACAUGACCUAACUAAUAAGGGAAGACGUAAUAGUAAAGCGAAGAGAGCGACCAACUUAUAAAUCUAUAAACAUGAGGACAUAUCCUGCAUAGACACUAUCUAUAUAUACGCAUUCUAUUCCUAAUUGAAAUUCGGUGGUCAAAUAUACCUUCUAUCAUUAAGAUUAACCACCUUCGAUAAUAGACAUACAUAUACCACACUCCAUUAUUGAAUUUUCUUCAUAGCAUAAGUUUUUUUAAUCGGUGCUCAAACCGGAGAUCGACCAGAGUCAAUAUAUAUGUAUAUAUAUAUGAUAUAUAUAUACAUUAAUUCUUAUGGAUUUUGUUAAAUUAAACGAUCCAUAAUCGAUAAAUACAUCUAAAUAUUAUAUGGUAAAUCGUUCGUCUUUCCGUUUAGAAAAUAAUAAGGCAACGACUUAGUAACUCUUUCAAGCACCAAAACCUCUUCAAUUUUUCUUUUAUCAAGACUGAUAAUUAUAAACGCUGAUCCUUGCUUUGACACUGGCGCUGGUUUCAAGCUAGUAUUUAGUAUUCCAAACAUUUACAGCUUUCUAUUUCAAUUCUCUCCUUCUUAAUGCGUCAGGCAUCAACGAAUAAUCGAAGGAAAAAGAUUGACAAUUAUUUGAUCGUCUAACUAUUGUUAAUAUCAUCACCAUUCGAUAACAAUAGAUAUUGUAAAAUAUGUGCGACAGAUUCAAGUGUCUGCUAGACCCGAUCCGUGCAUCGAAAACCAGGAGCUUAUUAAUUAUUACUUACAAAUUUAAGUACACUUUUCUUAUUACUGUCACACAGCCGGACCCGUGUAAAGUAUUCGGACCAAUCAGUAGACGAUACUUGAUAAGAAAGGGGCCAUUAUUUCCUCCUAACGUUCAAUUUUAGCAACAAUUAAAAUAAUUAACGACGUAAGAAUACUUAAUAUUUUCGCACACAAAUAGAAGACAUACACAUGUUCUUUGAUUCCCGUUUAAAUCGAUUUUCAGCAGAGCAUUAAUUCUGAUAAUUACGUUUGCUUCCUUCAGCAGAAUUAUUUCGAUUAAUUCAUUCGAAAAUAUUCUCUUGAACGGAUUAAACGUCCGGUACAAGAACAGCUCUUGCCAUUAAUUAUUUGUUCAAAGACACGUAGAAAACAAUGUAAAAUAUCAAAGAAAUUUGGGGACCAAGUAGCAGCUAGUCGUGCGGAGGUAGAAUCAAACAACAAAGCAGUUUCGUUUCUAUUUUAAUCAGCAAUUAAAUUUUCAUUACCACGAUUGUACUUUGAAUUCGUAAUAACGAACGGACAAGCAUGACUAGUUAAAAUGAGAAUAACGUAUUGUUCGCUUCCGAUUAUAAUUAUUUAUAGGAAGCGAGCUACGGAUACUGUCGCACGUAUUGGUAUCAAUCGGACCUAAAUGUAGAUUAUACGACGUAUUAUUGUACACUUACCUACAUACAUAUCUAUAGAAAAACGAUACAUUACGACCGUCUAUGAACGGCAAAUCGAUACCACCGUACCCGUAACUGUUUUACGAUUUCUCGAUUAUUCUUUCGCUCAAUUACACCCUUCCUAAUAUAACUUGUAAAUAUCCUCCGUUUACCUUCGAAUCGGAACCUGAAGACGAACCGUUCUUAUUUUAAUAUUGGAUAGACUUCGAUCGAUUGGCUUAAUUCUUUGCUCGAUAGAAAAUAAUAUGAUAAAAGGGCGAUGCAUAAAAAGUAAUAAGUCGCAGGAUAAGAUCUUAAAGAAAGUAGUUUGUUCUUUACUUCGAACCGAGGGAGCUAUCGAAUAAAAAAUUAAGUACGACUUGUAAAAAGUUCUUGAACCACCGACUAACAGUCAACGAAGACUUGCGUGUUACAUAUAUGUAUGUAUGUACUUAUAAAAUGUUAUUUAUCGGUAAGAAUAAUAUACAUAUUUCCUGUAAUCGUGACAUGCCUCCUGAGUAGCUACAGACGUAAUUAUCAAUGGGCUAAAUGAGAAAGAUUAUUUUUAUUCUCAAAUGAUGUACGGAACAUCUCAUCUGCGGACGAGUGCUUAAAUCGACUGGAAUCGACUAUUCUAAGAAGAGAGAAAACAGAACUCGUGCUGAAAUCCGUUCGCCGGUCGCAGUUAAAAUUAGUUAAAAAAAUUUACCAAUUAAUCGUCCUUGAUUAAUAAAGAAACAACGAAUACAAUGCAAUUAUAAUUGACUCGUUAUUACAAGUGGAACGUGAGAGCAGCGUGAGGUCUGUAUCGAUAAAAGGAAGAAGCAUCAAUUACCUCCAAACCUUUGAACAAUUAUAGCUUUAAAAGAAAGACCAAGUACAUGUUAAAGGAUUCCUAUUCUCUUAAAAAGAGUCGACCUUAAAAUCCCGAAUAAAACGAUUUUUGGAUGAGAGAAGAAUAUUUUAAAGUGACUAUUCACUGUAGCAAUCUCUGUAUAUAAAUAUAAUUAAUAAAUACAUAUAUAUGUAUAUAUAUGUAUCAAACUAAAUAUAUAUGUAUUUAAAUUAGAAUAUAUUCUCGAUCAUGUUGAUCUAGACGAUUGAUUCAAUUCAUUCAAGCUUGCACUGCGAGCUUCCUAUUUGUCGUUAUUAGCAUAAUGCACGUGGGAAAUCAGAAUGAAAUGAUCGAAUACACACGAGUCAUCGAUUAAUGAGAAAACAAGUGACAAUUUUCAUUCGGGAGGAAUCUGUAUCAAUGAAUCGAAAAACAAUUAAAAUCGACCUUUAAUUGUGUCCAAUGAUUUACAUACGUAUGUGUAAUAAUUGCAUGAAGAUGUACUAUAUAUGUUGUAUAUUACCGUUCGUUAAACGAAGGGAAAUAAUUGUUUAAACAUUACUAAAUGUGCAGAGAUCGAAGUUUGUAGUUACAAGUAAUAAUAAGAUAAGACUUUUGUUUACUUAUGAUUAAUUAUAGACGAGGUUUACAUAUAAUAAAAAAUGAUGAAGCUUUAACUCUUU